AUGGCGUCCGACGAAAUUGUGUGGAACAUCAUCAACCAGCAGUUCUGCUCCUUCAAACUCAAGCUACCCGGCAACGACAGACACCAAAAGUCCAGCAAGUCGACAUUCUGCCGCAAUGAACACAAUGUCACCGGUCUCUGCAAUCGACAAAGCUGUCCUCUCGCCAACUCUCGAUAUGCCACGAUCCGAGCCGAUCCUUCGAAUGGAAGACUCUACCUCUACAUCAAAACCGUCGAGCGAGCACAUAUGCCGAACAAGUGGUGGGAGAAGAUCCGCUUGAGCAGCAAUUACACAAAAGCUCUCGCGCAGGUGGACGAACGACUGAUCUACUGGCCGAAGUUUCUGCUGCACAAAUGCAAACAGCGUCUUACUCGAUUGACACAAGUGAGGAUCCGCGCGCAGAAGUUGGCGAAGGAGGAAGAGCGUUUAGGUGAGCGCAUGGUGGCAAAGCAGGCGCCCAAGGUCCGGAGAAGAGAAGCGACACGAGAGAGGAAAGCAGAGGCUGCGGCGAAGAUUGAGCGUGCGAUCGAGCGCGAGCUUGUGGAGAGACUAAGAAGUGGCGCAUACGGUGACAGACCGCUCAACGUCGAGGAGAAUGUAUGGAAGAAGGUGAUGCGUGGUCUGGAGCGAAAUCAAGAAGGCGAGGUGGAUGAGGACCUAGAUGAGGGUAUUGAGGAGGAAGACGAAGAGUAUGAGAAGGAGUAUGAACGCGAAGGUGGAGAGCAAGAUGUCGAAUUUGUCAGUGACGUGGAGGAAUCUGACGAUGAGGACGACAUGGAAGACUUCGACGACUGGCUCGGCGGCGAGAGUGCGGACGAGGCUGGCAGUGUCGAAGAUGAGGAGGAUGACGAUGAAGAGGACGAAGACGCGAAGGAUGACGAUGAAGACACAGCAGCACUCAAGAAGAAGCUGGACACACUGAAGCGGAAGAGGCCCAGUGCUUCAGCCGCGCAGAAGCCGCGCAAGAAGGCUUCCAAGGGCCCGAAGACGAACAUUGAGUACGAAUAUGAGCGCGAACCGGCGCAGCGGCAGAUGCUGGUUGCGAAGUAA